AUGAGAGCAGGCCAGCCCAUAGCGUUUGAAGAGGAGGAGCGGAGGGGCUGGCUCGAGCUCCUCCUGAACCGCAAGAAGGGCAAUGGAACGAAGAAAAAGGGAUUCGAUCCGGUGCUGGCGCGAGCAGGCACGGUGCAAGAUUUGCGACGGGCGGCAAACGAAACCAAGCCGGGGCGAAAUGAGAGCGUACUGAUGGAGCAUGCGAGGCACCGCAAAUGGAAGGACGAUUUGGACACCGAUACGCUUCAUGCAAAGGUUUCGAACCCCAAGAAACCUCCCGCCUUCCUUCGUGAAGACGAAGGCGACGAUCAAUCGAACAUGUACUUCCAUCUGUUUUUGUUGGAGUACUUCUGGCAGCUGAGCGCGUUCGACCACGGCCGCUUCCGCACGGUCCUCCUUCACCUCAUGACCACUGGCAUAUUCGACAUGUCGUACGACCACUUCCAGGCCCUUCUGUUGGACAAGAACGCUACCUCGGCCGCUGCCAAGGCCAUGCCGCCUGGCCUGCACUCGCUCCUGCGCAACAUCCUCAAGGAGUACAAGACCAACGGUGCCGAUCGGCUGACCUACCUCCUUGGCUCCAGCGCUGCUACGCAGAACACCGCGGCUGCCGGACCUUUGCGCGUCUCGCGAUCGUCCAAGGCGGCCGCCACCGCAGCGGCCAUCGGCCUCGCCGAUCCUUCCAUGUUCAUGCGCGACAGCAAGGACGCCGGCGAUCACAAGCUUCUGCCGCGCUCGCGCUUUGCGCUGCGGGCGUCGUCGCGUGCCGCGCUCCCGCGACUGCCGCGCCACUUCUCGUCGCCGUGCCUGCCGAUGCAGAUCCUGUGCCCCAACCCUUCGUCGUCGGCCCUGCCGCCGCUGGCUCUCCCCUACUCGUCGCCCUACCUCCCGUUCACAAAUUCCCGCUAUGCCGAAGAGUUCGUCGAAGACAGCACCCUGGGCAAUGGUGGAUUUGGCACGGUAUUCAAGGCUCACCGGCUAUUGGAUGGCCGGGUGUACGCCAUCAAGAAGAUCCACUUUCGUGUCUCACAGCGUUCGACGCGCAAGCUCGAAAAGGUGGUGAGAGAAGUGCAAGCGCUGGCCUCUCUCGACCAUUGGAUUGAGCCCAUUCAGGCGCACGAUCUGGAGGAAAUGCUGCGCAAAGCCGAGAACUCGUACGAGGCGAGCGAGGAGUCGACUCUCAGCGUCGAUAUACCAAGAAACCCGCUUGACGCCACGGAACUGCUGUCGACGUCGGAGAGCGUGUCGUCCCCGCUGCUCGAGCUGGACCGACGGAAGGGUUGUAUCUCUGGCAUCACCGAGUGGAAGGAGAGCGCCUUCAGCAACGAAAUCGGCGACGAGGAAGAGGACGACUGCGACUACUUCGACCGCGGCACACCAUCGACCGACGACGAUGCGUCCAGUAAAGGCAACGGCGAUGAUGACGAUGAAGACGACGACAUUUUUGAAAGGCCGACCCACAACAAAAAGGACACCGAAGGCGAAGAUAUUGAGGCUGCCGAGCUCGAGGAGGCGAGCAUCGAGGACGAAGACGAUGACGAAGAUGAUGACGCUAGCCAAACAACAGGGUUCUUCCCCGAAGACGCAAGCGACUUCUUCUCGAACGAGUUUGCCGGCGACAGCGGCAGCAGCAGCAGCAGCGGUCAGGAAAGCGCGAAGGACGUAACGGUGGUGAAGAAGAAGAAGAAGAACACGAAGAAAACGAAAGCGGUGACGAGGCCGGCGAAGCGUUCCGGCAGCAAGCUGAAGCGGUCGAUGAGCCGAAAGCGAAGCCACGAUAUCGCGAAGGCCAAGGCGAAGGCAAAGGCAAACGCAAAGCGAGGGUUGACCCGAGGCCUCAAGGCCGGUGCGGUGCUUCCACGGCUGAGCCUUUCGCCCGAAGGGCAGCUGGUGCCCUGGCGGCCCAAUGACGUCGGCGACAACAGUGACGACGACGACGACGAGCACCACUCUGGUGACGAGGCGAAGGUGGUGAGUGGCAGCGCGCCGCUCACGCACACCCUCUACAUCCAGAUGCAGUGCUACGACGACAUCACCCUCCAACACUGGCUGUCGCGAGAAGGCCGCACGGUGGUGCGGGAGGAGAAUCUGCAUAUCUUCAAGCAAAUGGUCGAGGCCUUGCAGCACGUGCACUCCAAGCACAUCAUCCACAGAGACCUCAAACCCGCGAACGUGUUCUUGUGCGAUGGCGUGGUGAAGCUGGGUGACUUCGGACUCGCCAAGCGCAAGGUGUUUGUGGGCGACGCCGACGCCGAUCACAGCGCCAAGAAUUCGUACGAGGACGGAAAGACCAGUGGCAAGAGCAUGGUCGCCCAUCACGCCAAGGGCCAGAUGCUCGAGGAGCACACGGCGGGCUGCGGCACGCUCAGCUAUUCUGCGCCCGAGCAGCGGACAGCGGGAGGCAAGUACUCCGAGAGCGUGGACAUCUACGCAUUGGGCAUUAUCCUGCUGGAGCUCUACCACCCGUUCGGCACGGCCACGGAGCGGGUGCUCGUUCUCUCGGACCUGCGCGAGAAGUUGGUCCUGCCGCCGCACAUCCCUCUCAUGUUUCCCGAGGAGGCGAGCGUGAUCAUGCGAAUGCUGUCUCCGCGCCCCGAGCUGCGUCCGUCGGCUGCCGAGCUGCUCGCCCUCCCGCUCCUCUCACAGCACAAGCACGAAGAGUCGUUGGAGCGGCUGAACGAAGAGCUGGAGAGCAAGAACCGGCUCAUCGAGAAGCAGCGCAACGAGCUGGCCGAGCGCGAGAGCAAGAUUCGCGAACUGGAGCGCCAGCUUGCCCGCCUGGCUGCAGCAGGAGCCGGCUCACCAAACACCAACACCAACACCAGUCCCUCUCCGUUGUCGCCUUGA